CGCUCUGCGAUAGUGAAAACCAGAUGGAGGUAGUAAAACGCUGCCAAAUGCAGACUACAGCACGCGUCAUAGAUUCACUCAUUACGGUAAGUGCUAUGGUCGGACAUCGGGCCGUUAUCCGAUUACAGGGAGUACUCUCGGUGCCGUUCCCUUUCAUCUAACGCGUUUACUCAACCCGACCAGGAAAUCUAACGCAAGAUGAACUCGGAAUCAGAUCCAGCUCCCACUUCCUCUGGAAGACUGUCACUGACACGGUCUACGACCAGAAGCCAGUUGGGCAUGAGCAUGGCAGCCUUAUCCUGUCCAGGUCGCCCGACACUGAAGGAUGCAGCGAAUCCGGACUCACAGGCCCUUUCUGGUGCUCUGAUACGAUGGAAUGAGGGUAUUAGCGACAAUGUUUCUUUGACGGAAUACUAUGAUCCUUGCGUGUUAUCCCUCAAUAUACCAGAUAAAUUUCAAGGUGUGGGACUCACUAUAAGAUUGUACCAACACCUCAGGAUGUUCCGAGUCGGUGUGAUAACAGGACUGAACGUUUCCUCAACGACAACAAUAAGAUUCGCAACUGCAGGCGAAGCCGCUACGGCUCUACGAGUAAUAUGUAAUCCUACAUUUUAUUCCAUAGUCGGCGCCGCAAUUACUGUAGGAUACAUGCCGAAGAAAACCGAUGAGCAGCUGAAAGCUCAAAUCCAGGAUUUGCAGCAUCUCCUUGAAGAAAGGGUUCUACAGCAGGAAACGAUGGCAAGGUAAUCCGAAAAGAAGAUCAAUGCUCUUCGUGAGGAACUCUCUGUUGCUCAUGCCCGUCAUCUCGAACAAUCGGAGCGGUAUAAACUCCAACUGGAAGACGCGUCC